AUGGAAGGCUUCGGACACAGGUACUUUUACUACUACCUCAGCCUGGGAGAUGAGCCGGACAGCGGGGCUCGGAGUUGCUUUCCUGCUGCCUCUGGUCGCCACUACUUACGCCUACGAUGUCGGUAUUCCUAUGGCGUUUAUUUCGCCGUCGGAUACCUGUUGACGAGGCCCUUUGGAGGCUGGCCACUGCCGUCGCUGUUUUGUUCCGGCGGAUCCAGACGCGGACGGCCAAUCUGCCACCGUCACUCGACUAGCCAUCCCCGAAAACCCCCCCCUACACCGGCCCGUCGCCGGAAACCGCCCCCAGCCGCCGCUCUCGUCCCCCGAAACGACGUCACCGGCGAACUCGCCGCUGCGGCGUUUUCAGGCCCGGCGCCUCUCACCAUCGUGGUCGCCAUCCUCCAUAACCCCGUCCCCACCCAACCGCCGCCGGAAAUCGCUGCAGCACCGUCGGCCGCUACUGCCCUCUGCGGCGAUAACUUUCAAGCGCCGGGUAUCUAUCAACCACCGGCGUUGGAUCGCCGUUUGGCCACCGUCACUGAACUCGCAGGGCUGAGGUGUCCCCGAAUCCACCCCUCGUCGCCGGAAUACGCCGCCGGCUCCGCCCCUGACGGUUGGCCUCCCGCACCGUCGCCACCGCGUUCGGCAUCCCCCGCCGUCGGACCACCAUUUCUGACGACGGAUCGUGUUCCCCUGGCCGGAAAACCCUAG